AUGGUCGUCCUGAGGGCCGUGGUGGACAUAUCAGUACAAGUAGAAGAUAAAUUAUACUUCAUGGGUGGCUCUUGUUUAAUCCCGUCAUCAAAUCCAAAACGAUAUAAAUUAUCAGAUGAAAUGUUUUACUUAGACCUUUCAACACAAUUUGCUACUGAAAAUCCACAAUUUACAGAUCUUACCGAUGUUACUUCACGAAUGCUUUAUGGAAACGAAAAAGGUGCUGCAGUUCUCGGGGGACUUAAUAAAUCUAAUAUAUAUUUAAUCGGUGGAACACAGGUGAAUCUAUCAACCAUAAAUUGGAACGUUACGAACCAAAUAAUAAAUUGGAACGUUACAGAUCAAUUUAUUUACAUUUAUAAAUCUGAAACUUGGAGAAGACUUGAACAGGGAGUUAAAGGAAUUCAACCUUCAAGACGUAGAUCAACUUCAACAGUGAUAAAAACUGAUGGAACAAUAUAUAUAUUUGGUGGGAGAAUAGAACUAGAUAUGGCUUCUUUAUCCUGGUCAAAUCAUACUGCAAACUCUUCAUUUUUAAUACAACCUCGAGUUGGUCAUACAUCAGUAUUAACUCCAGAUAAUAACUCAAUUAUAAUAACGGGCGGGACUUCAAGAAACAUAACGAAUAAUGUAACUGAUUCAAAUGAAACCAGUUCAAAGAUUUAUUUAUUAUACAUUCCAUGCUUAACUUGGGAAUCUACUUUUACUCCUGGUAGAUCCGACUGUAAGGAUAUCCAUCCUGAAGAUAAAAAUAAUAAUGUAUUAAUUAUUGUAUUAAUUAUCACUGCUUGCUUAUUUUUUUUGAUGGGUAUCUGCGCAGUAGUAUGGUUUAUACGCAGUAAAGGAAAGUGGAAAAAUAAGACUUUGAGAGAGUGGAAGACAAAAUUUUGA